UUGUAUCUACCAUGUCGGACAAGGAUUGCGGCAACCAUGGCAAAGGCCGCCGAAAAUUCUUCCGCAGACUAAUCGCUUGCAUUCUAUUCUUCAUACUGCUUGUUCUCAUCACAAUCUUACUCAUUUGGGCAAUCCUUCGUCCAAGCAAGCCCAGAUUCAUCCUCCAGGACACCACAGUCUACGCUUUCAACGCCUCGACCCCGAAUUUCCUCACUUCCAAUUUCCAAGUCACCGUAUCUUCUCGGAACCCGAAUGACGAAAUAGGAAUUUACUACGACAGGCUCGACGUCUACGCCACGUACAGGAGCCAGCAAAUCACCCUCCAGACAGCACUCCCUCCAACUUACCAGGGUCACAACGAGAUCAUUGUCUGGUCCCCUUUCAUCUACGGGAACAUGGUCCCUAUCUCUCCGGACUAUUCCGUGUCUUUGGGUGCCGAACAGGCUGCUGGGACCUUUUUCGUGACAAUCAAGAUUGAUGGACGGGUGAGAUGGAAAGUUGGAACUUUUGUUUCAGGUGGAUACAAUCUUUAUGUUACAUGCCCGGCUUAUCUUACUUUCGGAAGCAGAAGUAACGGUAUCAUGGUCGGAGAUAAUGCUAUUAAGUUUCAGUUCGUGACCAGAUGCAGCGUUAGUGUGUAAAAAAGACUUGAGGAAGAAGAAGAAGAAGAAGAAGCAACCAACGCUGUUAAUUAUAUCGUUCGUGUAUCUCUAUCUUAAUCUCUCUCCCUCGUUUUUUAUUUGACGCCGUUAGUAUUUUUAUUUUAUUUGUUGUAAGGGGAGGGAGGGAAUUGUACAUUUUGCUAUAGAAUAAAUGAAGGGAAAAAUAUGAAAGGAGAGACUGAUAGCAAAAUUUACAAUCAAAUAUGUGAACAAGUUGUAGAGGUUUUUAAUUUCUAAAAAAAAAUCGUGUGAUUAAUUAAUAAGAAUUAAUUUUCAAUAGAUAGUA